UUAUUUUGAAAACCCUUGCCGGAAGCGCGCGUGUCUGAUGGGGCUUCACGCGGAGAAGGCGCUCCAGCCUGCCGCUCGGGUCGGUGAGCAGAGGAGGAGGAGGCAGGAGGAGGAAGGAGCUCCGACGAAAACAUCUGCACGAGUUAAUAGAAAAUCUGCAAAAAUAAAAUACAGGGUUCGGAUUACCGCUGAUCUCCUGGAGCAGAAAAAAAUGGAGAAGUACGAGAAGAUCGCCAAGAUCGGGGAGGGUUCCUACGGGGUGGUCUUCAAGUGCAGGAGCAGAGAGACGGGGCAGAUCGUGGCCAUCAAGAAGUUCGUGGAGUCAGACGAGGAUCCGAUCAUCAGGAAGAUCGCGCUGAGGGAGAUCCGGAUGCUGAAGCAACUGAAGCACGCCAACCUGGUGAACCUGAUGGAGGUGUUCCGACGCAAACGCAAGCUGCACCUGGUGUUCGAGUACUGCGACCACACCGUCCUCAACGAGCUGGACCGCCAUCCCAGAGGCGUUCCUGAACAUCUCGUCAAGAGCAUCACCUGGCAGACGCUUCAGGCCGUCAACUUCUGCCACAAACAAAACUGCAUCCACAGAGACGUGAAGCCGGAGAACAUCCUCAUCACCAAGCAGCAGGUCAUCAAACUCUGUGACUUCGGCUUCGCCCGGAUCCUCACCGGGCCGGGUGACUACUACACGGACUACGUGGCCACCCGCUGGUACCGGGCCCCCGAGCUGCUGGUGGGAGACACUCAGUACGGCCCCCCCGUGGACGUCUGGGCCAUCGGGUGUGUCUUUGCCGAACUCCUGUCAGGAAUUCCUCUGUGGCCCGGGAAGUCGGACAUGGAUCAGCUGUACCUGAUCCGGAAGACCCUGGGAGACCUGAUUCCUCGACACCAGCAGGUGUUCAGCACCAACCAGUACUUCUGUGGACUCCCCGUCCCAGAACCGCAGGAGCGGGAACCGCUGGAGCAGAAGUACCCCAACCUUUCCCAGCAAACUCUGAGCCUCCUGAAGAGCUGUCUGAAGAUGGACCCGUCCGAGCGGCUGAGCUGCCAGCAGCUCCUCCAGCAUCCCUACUUCAGCUGCAUGAGGGAACGGAGCCAAAGCUCGGCGCCGGAACCGGACCGGCCCGGCAACAAGAGAGCCCGGCUACCCCGCAGGCCCCUCCCCCCCGGGCAUCUGCCGCAGCUGACCGGCAGCAGCAUCUUUCCCGCUCUGAACAACAGGAAAUACCACGACCUGCGCCGGUUCAACUACCACCUACCAAACAUCUGAGCAGCAGCUGCUGCGCCCGCCGGCCCCCACAGUCCCGCUAACACGCCUGUCCCGCCCGUGCACGCCUCCUGACAAAGAGCUGCGCUCUGCUUGUGAGUAGACUGAGGGUCAGACUCCCGUGUAGCGCUCCGCCCCUCUUUGCCAAAUGUGUUCUACAGCAUAGAGCCGCACUUCCACCAUUUGUCACAUAGAUCCAAACUCUACAGAUUUAUUCACAGCAGUGAUCCGGUCACAAAAGUUCAACAUUUGAGGGUUCAAGUCCCUCGUCUGCCCUCCAGAUUAUUUUAGGAUAAAUGCCAAAUUAUUUUAGGAGGAAAACUGAAGAUGUCAGGAUUUUCUGAUGUAGAAACAUCUCAAUAAAGUACAAAGAAUCCAA